GAGCCACGAAUUUGCUGGCUUUUCCUCUGCACCGCGAAUGCACUCCCCCUCCUCCACCGCUCACGCUCUACCACCAUCGCCACCAGUUCAAAUCCGUCUAUGCCCCCGCCCUGUCCCAUGUCCGCCUCGCUCUCCUCCUCUGCACUUCCAGGCCGUUGCGUCUCAUGAGCUCAUCGUCCCUGCGGCGCUUCGGUCCUGCAUUUGUGUGAGUGUGAGUGUGAGUGAGUGAGAGCGGCACAAUGUCGGACGCUGUGGCGAAGGAUCUGACCGCCGGGACAUUCGCUGGUGUGGCGCAACUGCUGGUCGGGCAUCCGUUUGAUACCAUCAAGGUGAAGCUGCAGUCGCAGCCCGCUCCUUUGCCAGGGCACCCGCCGAAGUUCAGUGGCGCUAUCGAUGCCGUGAAGCAGACCCUCGCGGCGGAGGGGCCCAAGGGAUUGUAUAAAGGCAUGGGAGCCCCUCUCGCCACUGUUGCCGUCUUCAACGCGGUUCUAUUCACUGCUAGGGGUCAAAUGGAAGGGCUUCUCCGUGAUUCCCCUGGCGCUCAUCUCUCCGUUGGCCAGCAAAUGGUUGCUGGUGCCGGAGCAGGAGUAGCAUGCUCAAUGGUAGCUUGUCCGACUGAGCUCGUUAAGUGUCGACUUCAAGCUCAAAGUGCGCUUGCUACCACCGUGGAGAUUCCUGUUCUUGCAGGGAUUGGUGGUGCUCCUGCCGGACGUUACAAUGGUCCCUUCGAUGUUGCUAAACAUGUACUAAAAUCCGAAGGUGGUGUUCUUGGAUUGUACAAAGGACUUACUCCCACUUUAAUGCGCGAGGUGCCGGGUAACGCAGCUAUGUUCGGUGCUUAUGAAGCUACCAAACAAUACCUUGCAGGAGGUCAAGAUACCUCAAAACUUAGCCGAGGUUCCAUGCUAUUUGCUGGAGGUGUUGCUGGGGCGAUGUUCUGGGUAUCUGUCUAUCCAACUGACGUGAUCAAGAGUGUCAUCCAGGUAGAUGAUCAUCGGAAUCCCAAGUACAAGGGCACAAUGGACGCAUUUAGGAAGGUUUUUGCUGCUGAAGGAGUGAAGGGGCUCUACAGAGGUUUUGGUCCUGCAAUGGCUCGAAGUGUACCUGCUAAUGCAGCUUGCUUUCUAGCCUAUGAGUUGGUUAGGGAAUCCCUAGGUUAAGUCAUCAUUCAUUUACCCGACGGUAGUCGUUAUGAGGCUUCCUGUAGCUUCAUCGGUGUACAUUCAGCAAUUUGAAUUCUUCGCUGGUUAUUCCGGAGUAGUCCAGGAGCACUUAUGUUUCUCCACUAACCAGCUUAUUUAUGUAGAGUAUUGCCCCCUAAAAAUAUCUCAAAACUAUGAAUACUCUUCUUGUAACAAAGCUCCCUCUAUUCAACAUGCUUCUUUACCCGGACCCUCGGAAAUGAGUCCAACUUGUAA